CGCUGAAUGCAGCACCAGCUCCAUCCAGGCGGGAGCAUCUGUUGUACAGUUCAGUCGAGCGGAGGACCGAGGCUAAAGUAACUGGCACCGGGGACUCGAUCGACGUUGGAAGUUACAAGUCGGUUUCUGCUACUCUACAUUGACACCGACAUUUCGCCCCCGUGAGCAACAGCAACAACAGUUUUCUGAACACCGCAGAGCUGUUGACCUUUCACCUAGUUUACACACACUGGUCCUGCCUUCCUCUUUCCUCCCUUCCUGCUCUGAACGCACUCUACUGUUGAUCUGCGUGCCUUCCGUCUUCACUCUCCUCGUGCACAGUAACCAUGGCAGAAGCCCACCAGGCGGUGGCCUUCCAGUUCACCGUCACUGCAGAGGGCAUUGAUCUUCAGCUGUCUCACCAAGCCCUCACUGAGAUCUACCUCUCUGGUGUGCGCUCCUGGAAGAAGCGGAUCAUCAGACUCAAGAACAGUGUGGUAACAGGGGUAUAUCCUGCUAGUCCUUCCUCCUGGCUCUUUGUGGUCAUAGCAAUCCUGACUACUAUGUAUACUCGCUCCGACCCCUCCAUGGGACUCAUAGCCAAGAUACAGGAACACCUGCCAGUCAGCCAGUCUAUGAGUACCCAGUGCCAGGCGUUGGUGUCAGCAGUCCUCUUCAGCACCAUGCUAUGGCUCUUGCUCAUCUUCACCAUGCGCCUGUGCCUUAAACAGCUCCUCUCUUACCACCGCUGGAUGUUUGAACAGCACGGCAAGAUGUCCAACACCACCAAAGUCUGGGUGGCGCUGGUGCGGAUCUUUUCUGGCAGAAAGCCUCUGCUCUACAGCUACCAGGGUUCGUUGCCAAACCUGCCUGUGCCUGCCGUCAAGGACACCGUCAAGAGGUACUUGGAAUCGGUGCGUCCACUGUUGGAUGAUACGGAAUAUGAACGCAUGACCAAGCUGGCCACAGAGUUUGAGAGCAGCCUCGGUAAUCGCCUGCAGUGGUACCUCAAACUCAAAGCUCUCUGGUCCGCCAACUACGUUAGUGACUGGUGGGAGGAAUAUGUUUAUCUACGCAGCCGGAGCCCAAUAAUGGUCAACAGUAACUAUUACGGCAUGGACUUCUUGCAUGUGACACCGACACCCAUCCAGGCGGCCAGGGCAGGCAACCAAAUUCAUGCAUUCUUCCUAUACCGCCGCAAACUCAACAAAGAAGAGCUUAAACCUAGUCGUAUACCAGGCACUGUCAUUCCUCUGUGUUCAGCUCAGUGUGAGAGGAUAUUCAACACCACACGCACUCCUGGAGAGGAGACCGACACUCUGCAACAUUGGCAGGACAGUGACUACAUAGCGGUAUACCACAGGGGGCGCUACUUUCGUCUCAGGGUGUACCAGGCAGGCAGACUCCUUUCCCCCAGGGAGAUUGAAUUCCAAAUUCAGAGGAUCCUCGAUGACCCCUCACUGCCUUCCAAAGGAGAGGCCAAACUGGGGGCCCUGACUGCUGGAGAGAGAAUUCCAUGGGCUAAAGCCAGGGCAAAGUAUUUCAGCAGUGGGGUCAAUAAACGCUCUCUGGACUGCAUUGAGAGAGCCGCCUUCUUUGUGACCCUGGAUGAUGAUGAACAGGGCAUGAUGGGAGAUGACCCGGCAGCUAGUUUAGAUCGCUAUGCCAAAUCUUUGUUACAUGGGAAAUGUUAUGACAGGUGGUUUGACAAGUCCUUCUCGGUGGUUUACUUCAAGAAUGGAAAGAAUGGCUUAAAUUGUGAGCACUCAUGGGCUGAUGCACCAGUGUUAGCACACUUAUGGGAGCACACAUUGGCCAUCGACUGUUUCCAGCUCGGUUACAAUGCAGAGGGUCACUGCAAAGGAGAAGUGGAUUCGUCAUUACCACAACCACAGAAGCUGAACUGGGAAAUCCCUCCAGAAUGUGAGGAGCAGAUCUCCCAGUCUCUGGCAGUGGCCCAGGCCCUGGCUGACGAUGUGGACUUCCACGUUUUUGUCUUUAGAGACUUUGGCAAAGACAAGAUCAAGAAGUGUCGAGUCAGUCCAGAUGCCUUCGUUCAGUUGGCUCUUCAGUUGGCCAACUACAGGAACCGGAAGAAGUUUUGUUUGACGUAUGAAGCCUCCAUGACCCGUCUGUUCAGGGAGGGCAGGACCGAGACUGUUCGCUCCUGUACCAAUGAGAGCAGUGCCUUCGUCCGAGCGCUGGAGGGUGGAGAGGCAGCAGAUGUGUGCAGGCGUUUGUUCCACGCAGCGUCAGAGAAGCACCAGAAUCUUUACCGCUUGGCUAUGACUGGAGGUGGCAUCGACAGACACCUCUUUUGCCUCUACGUGGUGUCCAAAUACCUCGGAGUGGAGUCUCCUUUCUUGAAAGAGGUGCUGUCUGAGCCCUGGCGGCUGUCCACCAGUCAGAUUCCAUUCCAGCAGCUACAUAUGUUUGACUUGGUCAACCACCCAGAGUAUGUCUCCUGUGGAGGGGGCUUUGGUCCGGUGGCUGAUGACGGUUAUGGGUUGUGCUACCAAGUUCUGGGAAAUUAUGUGAACUUCCACAUCGCGUGCAAACACUCAUGUCCAGACACUGAUGCCCAUAAAUUCGGUGCUGAGAUCAGAAAAGCCAUGAACGGACUGCUACAGCUGCUGAGCCCCAACGAAAAAGAGCCCAACAAGACAGAAGAGAAUCGGCCAGAGGUCAAGAAAGACCUGUAGGCGGUUACUCGGGGAAUGGAUGCUGAAGGGAAGGUGUGCAAGCAUACAUGUUACACUAUGAUGUGAGGAAAGACAGGGUUUUUUUCCCCUCAUGCAUCCUCAUGGAGUAACUGAUGUUGUGUUUUUACUGGUUCGCAUCUAUAUUUGUGUACGUAUAUUAGCAGUGUGGUAGGUGUGUGAGAAGGAAAAUGAUUCCGUAGAAUAAUAAAUCAAGCGGUGUGAUUCAAGGACAGGUUUAUUGGUUUAGUUUAGUUUUAACAGUCAAACUAUUGGGGGGAAAAAUAUAAUCAUGAACCUAAAAUGAGCAAGUUAUUAUCGUAAACGGGUUUUACUAUUAGAAAGAGGCCAGUAUGAAUUGCACCACUAAAAAGUUAGAAUUAGAAAAUUGUAACACUUCACCUUAUUGCAGGACAUUUUAAAAUUGAAGUCUGAAGCAUUAGCAUGGAGAGAAAACAUGCAGGACUGUUGAGGUGAUUUUAGUUUACACCGUCUGAAUGCAACAUUGCUGUAACAGUGACACCUGGUAUUUUAAAAUCUUGGAAGUCUGUGACUUCUAAGUGUUUACUCAGUAUGUAUAAAUUUGCUUUGUACAAAAACACACGAUUGUAAUGCUGUGCUGAGAGUGCCAAGCAGUUUAUACAGGUAGUGAAAUGAUGUGGCUCUGUUCAGUUCAUAGGUUAGCAAUACUGUUUGAAUCGUAUUAUAUUUGUUUGUCAUUUCUGCUGCUAGAUGUGUCUCCCACAUCAAAACAGUAACAAAAGAUGUAGUUUGAUGACGUUGUGACAUAUGGUGAGAGUUGUUGUCUUCAUUGUUAAACAACCACCAGAUCUGUCUGACGUGAUAGAAAGCAUGUUCACGGUCGAAGUGUUUGUAUUAAAAGUUUUAUUCAUGUUACGUUUAGUCACGUUUCCCAACUUCCUUCACUCUUCAGUGUUUCCCGGAAGUUAUAGCAACUAGCCGGUUACCUUGAAUAAAAUUUCUGAUUUCUCCGGGUUUGAACACAGUUGGGAACAUAAGGGACAAUGUAAGUACACAAAUCAACACAAUAUGUAACAUAGUUUUAGUUGUUUUUAGACAUAUUAAUGGGAAAUGUUAAACCUUUCAGUGCCAACUCACCCAGGAAAUAACUUUUAUUUUAUUUACAUUCAAACAUUAUUAUUCAAACUGUAAAAAAAAUAAUGUAGGUCAGUUUAUCUUUCAGAGGUCAGUUAAAUAAGUUAAAAACUACUGAAAUGAACUUGUUAUUUCACUGCCAGUUAUAAAUCUGUUUGUAUUUUAUAUUUUCAUCACUGUGUUUAUAAACAAGCACCAUAAUGCAUAUAAUAUUAUGUUCAGCUAUUCAGUCUCAAGCAGUACUGUGGGUCAGAUGUGGAUUACACGUUAAGUGAGCCAAGCCAUCAGAUUCAAAUGAUGGUGAGUUACCAGUGACGCAGAUUCCUGUUUUUCUCCUCUUUUUUUUUUUUAUUGUUGUUUUCACUCCAGAUCAAUUGAGCUUGUCUCAUUGUAUUGCUAUUGUCAGCCUUUUUUAAUGCAAAUUAUUAGUGAACAUAAAAUCAUUAUUAAAGAAAAA